AUGGUUCCCGGGUCAUUUGCCGUGAAGCUCUGUACAUACAGUGCUCCAUACCUUUGUGGGACGAGCUACUUUGCGCACGGUCUGCGGCGGGCACAGAAUGCCUUGCCUGCGGAAUGUGUGAGAUCGACCGUCCAGGAGGAAGCGAGUACCUUUUGUUUUUCUCCCAAGAUUCAACUACCUUUUUCUCCUUUUUUUUGGCGGGUGGCUCCACCGCUGCGGCGCCUGUGCUCGCUCGACACUUCACUCAAGCUCUGGUCGGUGCUGCUCGGGGCUCCCGAUCUGGCACAGCGCCGUCUAGACCUGCCGAAAUACGGGGUGCAGCUCCAACCUACCCUUUCUGCUCACAUUGGCAAACUGUAG